ACGUGUACGUACAACCACAGUCACGUAGUUUGCAACGGAGCAUUUAUACGGGUGGACUGUAACUAGGCGCUUUAGUCUCUUGUUGGGACGCGACGCGUGAGUAUGGGGCAUAGGUGCACCCCUAAAGGUAUGAACGGUACCGUGCAUUGAAAACAAUCGUCGUGACGCGACAAAAAAUUGCAUAAACACUACGAACGUUUCAUCCUCUAUUCCAUAUUUAUCGAGCUUUUGUUUCGGUGACAUCGUACCGUAUCGAAGUGAGAACUGUCAGUCCGCAAAUGUCCGGUGAAUCGAUCGUGUAACACGCGACAACCCGAGACGAUACGUUCAUUGUCGUCUUUGAUGAAAACUGACAGUCUUGUGCGCCACAGAUCGAAACGAUUUUAAGAGCGUGGACGAGAUGGUAUCGAGCAGGCAAUAUGUCGGUGCUUCUGGAAGCGAGGUCUUACAGGCCUUUCAAGUCCUCGGAGGAGUAUCUGAUCGCGAUGAAAGAGGAUCUGGCCGAGUGGUUGAACGCGCUGUAUCCGGAGUUGAGAAUCAACGUUGACAAUUUUAUGGACAGGCUGGACACCGGCGUCGCUCUCUGCAAACACGCGAACAACGUGCGCAAAUCGGCGGCUGAAUACGUGGCGCGGCGUCAGGCGCGCAAGAUCUCGAUGACACGAUCGAUGACCUCGUCGCUGGCCCUGCCGAUGAGCCAGCUGAGCGACGUGGCCUUCCUGCCGAACGCGAAGGCCGGCACCUUCUUCGCCCGCGACAACGUGUCCAACUUUAUCGGCUGGUGCCGCAACAGCCUGGGCAUUAUCGAGUGCCUGUUAUUCGAGACCGACGACCUGAUUAUGCGAAAGAACGAGCGACACGUGAUCCUGUGUUUGCUCGAGGUGGCGAGGCGGGGCGCGAAAUUCGGUAUGCUGGCGCCGAUGCUGGUCCAGAUGGAGAGGCAGAUAGAUCGGGAGAUAGCGGCGGAGAACAAGGCGGCGAACGGGGCGCAUGGGAAUUCGGGGAACGAGGAGAGCGACGACGAGUACGCCGAUAUGCAGCAGGAGGAGCCGUGCCUCAUAUACGGGCCCCAGCCACAGAUCGUCACCAACGAUCUGAAGAGCUUGGACGAAAUGGUUCGUGAUUUAGUGGAAAGGUGCACAUGCCCCACUCAAUUCCCCAUGAUUCGCGUUUCCGAAGGGAAAUAUCGAAUCGGAGACACGAAAGUGUUGAUUUUCGUGCGAAUCCUUCGAAGCCACGUUAUGGUUCGAGUAGGUGGAGGUUGGGACACCCUUAGCCAUUAUUUGGACAAACACGAUCCGUGUCGAUGCAGAACUUCACAUCGCUCGAUGAUCUCAGCAAAAUUGAUUCAAAAGGCUGGAGGGUCGUUCGACCUUGGCAGCGCGCAGGUACAUUACGAAAGAUCACCCCCUAGAACUCGACGGAGUUCGGCGUCGAGCGUCGGUUCGUGCGCGGGCACGAUGCAGAAUCAGCAAUCGGCCAAGAGCGUUCCCAGCAACCGGUCCCGAUCGCCCACGCCCCACCACCACCCAGGCGGCAAGCAGCAAGCGAGCAGCGACGAGCAACGAAAGACGAAUCGAUCGAGAAGCCCAACGCCGCAGAGGAAGUUCUUGGGCAGCCCUGUUCAUCAGUCGGAUCUCGGGAAGCAACGAUCGAGAUCCCCGACACCGAAGGCUCAGCUCAGGUCCAACAGUCCGACGACCAAAGUGGAGAACGCGAAGAGUGGAUCUAGCACGGUGGACUCGGCUGGCAGAAGCCUGUACGAGGAGGCUCGUUCGCCGACCCAUCAUCAUGGAAGGCAUCAGGAAGCAAAGGAUGCGAAGAAGGAUCUCCAUCAAGAAAUCCGCACGAAAGUCCCCCUAACGGAGGAAUUCACGAAACGAUACGUUGUCGAUGGUGGCGUGGCACGCAGAGCAGUGGAGAAAGACGACACGCCGAAAUACGAGCCGACCAUUUACAACUACAAGUGUCGCGAGGAUUCUAGCAGCCGUAGCCCGACCCCUAGUCCACCGGCGAUCAAGGAGGAACCCGUGUUGGAGAAUUUCAGCAAAGAUGUAACAGGGAAUGUACAUUACACCAAGUCGCCACACGGAGAUGGAGAACACUCGGAUAAUUGCAGCGAAGUGUCAGACGAAGGUUACAGAAGCUUAGGCGCGGUCCAGCCAACCAGUGGAAACGGGAAUUCCGGGACGUGCGCGCAAGGAUCACCCACGGUUGCCGAUUGUCAAAAGCAACCCUCGAAGCCCGAGGCAGAGGAGAGGUCCUGCGUGGAGACGGAGAGCAUCGAAACGGGUCUGCGCAAGAUCCGCAUAGGGCCGCCCAGCCCUCUUCGAGCCUCACCCUCGAGAAGCGUGGCCUCCUCCUCGGGAGACCGCACACCCCGUGCAAAUUCGAUCGUCCGCGAGAACAGCAACGUUUCCCGAGCCUCGUCCGGAAGCAGAACGCCGAGGGACAGCAACUCGAGCCCGGAAGGCAGCCCCCUGAAACGAGGCAGCAUCAGAAACAGUUUACGCAAGCCGCCGACGGGAAGUCUGAGCAAGGCGUCGGCUAUAAUAGGCGCGAAAAGCUGUCAGAGCCCGGUGAGCGGUAGCAACACGUGGAACGGCAGGCAGGCAAGGCAGAGGCCCAGCAUCCAAUCCGACACUUUCCUCAACCCUCAACCCUCCAGUUGCGCGCCGACGACGACAACCACGACCCCCGGCUUCACGAGGAAGAGUCCUGCCAGGCAGAGCCUGCCCAGGCAGAGCUCGAACGGCGGGAUGCAGUACGACAGGAACGGGAGGAGGAUCAAAACCACUGGAUCGCUUCAAUCCUCGCCCACCAAGGUGGCCAACCCCCUGCUCGAGCAGAUCCUGCAGAGUGGCCAUUUGCAGGACGAGCGCGAGGUGGUUCAGAAGCUUCAGGAUCUGUUGAGGGAUUAUCAGGCUCACGGUUCCGGGGACGGUGUCGCGAACAUGGAGUUCACCAGGGCGUGGAUCGAUGGUAACGGGACCGUGGCGUUGCCCCAGGACAAUCAGAUGACGGCCAGCCCUAGGAAGGAUCCCAAGCCGGUGUCGGAGAGGGGAGGCUUCUCCAGGAUACCGGCACCCGUUUACAAGAGGCCGAUGUCCGUCGCGUCCGACAGCGUGUGAAGUUUCUCUAGGGGACGGUGUAGAUGAUGAUGAGGAUGAAGCUGGUUCGAAGCGUGUCCUCGAGGUCAUCGGGCUCCUCGAUCAGCCAGGCCAGGACUGUGUCGCGAGAACUCGUGACGCCCUCGAUUUUACAGAUUUUUGCCCAUCGAUCCACUCGCGUGGAUACGUGGAACUUGAAUAAGGAGAUUGAGAUGCAAACGAGUUGUUUAAGUUGAGAAACGUGGGGAUAAGAUCGUUUGAUUCUUUUUCUUAAAUGUUAGGUUAUUUUAGGUGGGUAACGUUUGGCUCGGAGAAACUGGUUUGAAUGAUACUGCAGCUAGAGAAGAGAGUUUUAUGGACAAGUAGUCUCUCUUGAUGGAAAAUUUAAUCUAAGAUCGGUUGUUGUAUUUUUCUCUCGAAAAUACCGGGCUUUUCGAGGCAUGCAUCACUACAUCCCGUAGUAAUAGUUUUGGUGCUUGGAAGAUUUCUUUUCUCUUAAAACUCUCUGAUAUAACAAUAUCACGAAUAUUGAAAAUUUUCUCUCAUCUCGAGAGGAGAUAGAAAUCGUCUUAUUUUUUUUUUUUCGCGAAUUAUUUAAUCGCGCGCGAAAAUCGCGAAAAAUUCUCAAACGUUUCUCUUCAAAAAAAAAAAAAAAGCAACGGUUCCACAUUUCCGCGCGUUGCGCGAUGGCAGAUCGAAGGCGUCCGAUUAGAGGCGAAGCUUAACGGGCCUUAACGGUACGAGGUCGAUCAGUUAGCUCGUAGGAGUCACGUGUAUAUCGGGGUGGUGCUCGGAUGGUGCUGAACGUGAGAUGACGUUCGUGAUGAUGCAAAUAAGAUUAUAAGAUUAUGAGCCAAAAAAAAAAAAAAAAAAAAAGAAUAAAACAAAUAAAAA